AUGGCGGCCGGAAGCAGCAUUUCUCUUGAGGAGAUCAAGAAUGAGACUGUUGAUCUUGAGCGAAUCCCUGUGGAAGAAGUUUUUGAACAAUUGAAGUGCUCCAAGGAUGGCCUUUCAUCCUCAGAAGGAGAGCAGCGUCUUAAUAUCUUCGGUCCGAACAAACUUGAAGAGAAGAAAGAGAGCAAGUUUCUUAAGUUCUUGGGAUUUAUGUGGAACCCUCUUUCUUGGGUGAUGGAGUUUGCUGCCAUCAUGGCCAUUGUUUUGGCUAAUGGAGGAGGGAGGCCUCCAGAUUGGCCUGACUUUGUCGGCAUUGUCGUUCUCUUAUUUAUUAACUCCACCAUCUCCUUCAUUGAAGAGAAUAAUGCCGGCAAUGCAGCAGCCGCCCUUAUGGCCGGUCUCGCGCCUAAGACAAAGGUUUUGAGGGAUGGGAGGUGGUCGGAGCAGGACGCAUCUAUGUUAGUCCCUGGUGAUAUCAUUAGCAUAAAGCUUGGCGAUAUCAUUCCGGCUGAUGCUCGACUUCUUGAAGGUGAUCCAUUAAAGAUAGACCAAGCAGCCCUCACCGGAGAGUCUCUCCCUGUGACAAGGCACCCAGGAGAUGAGGUCUUCUCUGGCUCUACAUGCAAGCAAGGAGAGAUUGAGGCCAUUGUCAUCGCCACGGGUGUCCACACUUUCUUCGGCAAGGCUGCUCAUCUUGUUGAUAGCACCAACAAUGUUGGCCAUUUCCAAAAGGUGCUUACCUCCAUUGGAAACUUCUGUAUAUGCUCUAUUGCCAUUGGAAUGUUAGUCGAGAUUUUAGUCAUGUAUCCGAUCCAAAACCGGGCUUACCGUGAUGGCAUUGACAACCUCCUUGUGCUCCUUAUCGGCGGAAUUCCUAUCGCCAUGCCUACCGUGUUAUCUGUCACCAUGGCCAUUGGCUCUCACCGUCUUUCCGAGCAAGGUGCCAUCACCAAGAGGAUGACUGCCAUUGAAGAAAUGGCAGGCAUGGAUGUUCUUUGCAGCGAUAAAACCGGCACCCUCACCCUCAACAAGCUCACCGUAGAUAAGACCUUGAUAGAGGUGUUUGUGAAGGACUUGGAUAAGGACACAGUGGUGUUGCAUGCUGCUAGAGCUUCAAGGAUUGAGAACCAAGAUGCCAUUGAUGCUUCCAUUGUUGGAAUGCUUGCUGACCCUAAGGAGGCAAGAGCAGGUAUUCAAGAAGUGCACUUCUUGCCAUUCAAUCCGGUGGAGAAGCGCACCGCCAUCACCUUCAUUGACGAGAAUGGCAAUUGGCACCGAUCUAGCAAAGGAGCUCCUGAGCAAAUCAUUGAGCUUUGCAACCUGCGUGAAGAUGCAAAGAAAAGGGUUCAUGAGAUGAUUGACCGUUUUGCUGAUCGUGGCCUUCGAUCACUCGGUGUUGCUAGGCAGGAGGUGCCGGAGGCCAACAAGGAUAGCCCUGGAACCCCGUGGCAAUUCAUGGGGCUGCUUCCUCUCUUUGAUCCUCCGAGACAUGAUAGUGCUGAAACUAUUCGACGAGCACUCCAUCUUGGUGUCAAUGUCAAGAUGAUCACUGGUGAUCAACUUGCUAUUGCAAAGGAAACAGGUCGUCGGCUCGGUAUGGGCACCAACAUGUAUCCUUCUUCCACUCUUCUUGGUGAAAAGGGUGACAAUGUCACUGGUUUACCGAUCGAUGAGCUUAUAGAGACCGCUGAUGGCUUCGCCGGAGUUUUCCCGGAACACAAAUACGAAAUUGUAAAUCGGCUUCAAAGCAAGAAGCACAUUUGCGGUAUGACAGGCGACGGAGUGAAUGAUGCACCGGCAUUGAAAAAGGCCGACAUUGGCAUUGCAGUGGAUGAUGCUACCGACGCAGCUCGUAGUGCCUCAGACAUUGUCUUGACAGAGCCCGGUCUAAGUGUGAUCGUUAGCGCAGUCUUGACUAGCCGAGCAAUCUUCCAACGUAUGAAAAACUAUACCAUUUAUGCAGUUUCUAUCACCAUACGAAUAGUUCUCGGCUUCCUUCUCAUUGCACUUAUUUGGCGGUUCGACUUUCCGCCUUUCAUGGUCCUGAUCAUUGCCAUCCUCAAUGACGGCACAAUCAUGACCAUAUCCAAGGAUCGUGUUAAGCCUUCUCCUCUCCCUGAUUCUUGGAAGCUCUCUGAGAUCUUCGCCACUGGUAUUGUCCUCGGAACAUACCAGGCUGUCAUGACUGUCGUCUUUUUUUGGGUUGCCAUUGACACAAAUUUCUUCCCUAGGCACUUUGGAGUGAGGACUAUAAAUGAUAAUGUUGAUGAGCUCGCGGCCGCUCUUUAUCUCCAAGUUAGCAUUAUAAGCCAAGCUCUCAUCUUCGUCACCAGGUCUCGAAGCUGGUCCUUUAUCGAGCGCCCUGGUCUCUUGCUCGUCGGUGCCUUCUUAGCUGCUCAACUAGUGGCAACAAUAAUAGCUGUCUAUGCAAAUUGGCCUUUUGCAAAGAUCAGAGGAAUUGGAUGGGGAUGGGCAGGAAUCAUUUGGCUCUACAGCAUUGUUACUUAUUUCCCAUUAGACAUCCUCAAGUUCAUGAUACGUUUCGCUCUUAGUGGCAAAGCUUGGGACAACCUUCUACAAAAUAAGACUGCUUUUACUUCAAAGAAAGAUUAUGGUAAAGGAGAAAGGGAGGCACAAUGGGCAUUGGCUCAAAGAACACUACAUGGUCUUCAACCACCAGACACUUCAAACCUUUUCCAAGAUAAAAAUAGUUAUAGAGAGCUCUCGGAGAUAGCCGAGCAAGCUAAAAGACGUGCCGAAGUUGCGCGGCUUAGGGAACUUCACACACUCAAAGGACAUGUUGAAUCAGUGGUGAAGCUUAAGGGGUUGGACAUUGAGACUAUUCAACAGCAUUACACUGUUUGAUAUGGAAUUGGAGGGAUUUGAAGAACCUGCCUAAUAAGUUUCAGAUUUUUGUUUACAUUUUUGUUUUCUUUAUAUAUAUAUAUAUAUAAUUAUUAUUUGUUCUCUGCUUAAUAAGAGAGAGUUUAGAAGCAGAUGGAGUGAAUAACCCCUGAAGGGAUUAUGAGGAAUGUUAGAGUUUAAUUAAUUUAUUUGAGAUGUUGG